GUCUGUUUGGAAAGCUGGGUUGCAUUCCUUGUGAUAUUUACUCACAAGAGUCCUCCAAAAACUUCAGCAUAUCACACAUACACACAGGCAGGCCCGAGAUCUAUUUAACCCUGCUUGAUGAUCAAAUCUGAAGUCCUGCUGAAAAGAAGCUCUCUAUUAAAACAGAAAGCAAAUAUCAGAAGAUUCCUUAUAAACCAGAAGGUCUCAAGGUCUGCAGUUUAGGAAGAGGAACACACUGAUGUGAUCUGGUGUCCAGCAAUAAGAAGCUCUCUUAUGAGGUGGCAGUCGAGGAAGCAGGGUUCGGGCUCUUCCACUGGCUGCUGUUGGUCGUCUGCGGGUGGGCAAAUGCCAGUGAUGCCGUGGAGAUCCUAUGUGUGUCCUUUCUCCUGCCCACUGCACGCUGUGACCUUCAGCUCAGCUCAGGCGACAUGGGAGUCCUCACUGCCAGCAUAUUCCUCGGUAUGAUGGUGGGCGGUUACUUUUGGGGGUAUCUGGCCGAUCGCAGAGGGAGACGCAGCGUUCUGGUCGUGUCUCUUGCAGUGAACGGCACAUUUGGGGCCGUGGCGAGUUUGGCCCCGAGUUUCUGGCUCUUUUUGCUUCUGCGGUUCUUCAGUGGAUUCGGAGUUGGUGGAUCCAUUCCUGUGAUCUUCUCGUAUUUUUCCGAGUUCCAGCCACGAAUGCGGAGAGGAGCUAUGAUCAGCGCUCUCGCCACCUUCUGGAUGGCUGGAAAUAUUUUGGCAGCAGGUGUGGCUUGGUUGGUCAUCCCCAGGACAUACCUUAACACUCAUUUGGGCUGGUUGGAUUUCCAAAGUUGGCGUCUUUUCGUGGUCCUCUGCUCCGUCCCCAGUCUCUCAUCAGCACUGAUCUUCAAACUAUUCAUGCCAGAGAGCCCCAAGUUCCUUAUGGAGGCUGGGCAUGAGAAAGAGGCUCUGUCUGUGUUCCAGAGGAUGUUUAGACUGAACAACAGAGGUGUCGUUAAACCAUUUCCUGCACAAGGACUUGUGAUCAGACCUAAAAAUGAAGAGGAGAAGGUCAGACCCAGUACAGGCUCAAGAUCUGAACGUUUCAGUGGCCUUUUCAAACGGGCAUUAUCUCCCAUUAAGCAGCUGUUCGUUGGACCACUGGCUUCCAGAAGUGUUGUUCUGCUGAUAAUAUUCUACUGCAUUUCAUUUGGGUAUUAUGGGUUAUGGAUGUGGUUUCCGGAGUUGUUUAAGAGAGCAGAAGAUGGAGGGUCUCCAUGUGCCAACACAUCUAGCAUCCAAAGCUCAGAGAAUGACAGCUGCUACCCUGUCAAAACUGCUGUCUACAUGGAGGGUUUCGUAACUGCAGCCUCAAACUUGCCAGGAAACAUCUUUACGAUCUUGGUCAUGGACAAGAUUGGAGGGAAAAUCCUGCUUUCUGUCAGUCUGAUGGUGUCCAGCGUGAGUGUGUUUGUCAUCUAUGUGGUUAAGACUAAAUCCCAGAGUCUGCUCGUGUCCUGUGUGUUCAGUGGCGUCUCUGUCAUCUCCUGGAACGCUCUGGACGUGGUGGGGACGGAACUCUAUCCAACACAACUACGCUCCUCGGCUCUGGGAUUUUUCACUGGAGUGGGCCGUGUGGCAGCAAUCAUGGGAAAUGUAGUUUUUGGGCAGCUGGUGGACUCUAACUGUGCUGUACCUCUGCUGCUGGUCUCUGCACUCCUGCUGGCGGGAGGACUGGCGGCUUUACGUCUGCCACAAACUAAACAAACUGAACUUGCAUGAUACACACAUGCAGUUAGCAUCAGCCAAGUAAAACCAUGUGAUUCUGGGACCAAAAUACCAAACCAAAGAGCUUUGUUUGCAGUUUCGCCUUAACAAUAAACCUACACAGAAUCUGAUUCAAAUAUGGUCAACUUUUUUCAACAGAGCUGAGAUAACUGCACUGAAAGCAUUAUUAAAAUAGCCAAAAUAUUUAAUAAACUAAUACGCAAGGGAUCAAUUUAAAGGAAUAUUCCAGGUUCAAUUCAAUUUAAGCACAAUCGACAGCAUUUGUGGCAUAAUAUUGAUUACCACAAAAAACAAUUUUGACUAGCCCCUCCAUUUAAAAAAAAAAAAAAAAAAAAAAAAAAAAAACUGGGUAGCAGUGAGGCACUUACAAUUGAAGUGAAUGGGGCCAAUCCAUAAAUGUUAAAAUCCUCACUGUUUCAAUAGUAUAGCCACAAGACGUAAACAAUAUGUGUGCUAACAUGAUUUUAGUGUGAUAAAAUCGCUUGCUAACUUAUUCUUUAAAAUUGUAUCCAAUUUUACAACCUAUGUAACGCUGUAAACCCUGUAAUAGAGGUAGACCGAUAUAUCGGUUUUACCGAUUAAUCGGUGCAGAGAGUUGCUUUUUUGGAACUAUCGGUUAUCGGCAAAAAUCUAUGCCAAUAGUUGCCAAUAUAUUAUUUUGUUUUUUUUUUUAUUCCUCCGUGUUCCUCUGAAAAUUACGUUUAUUAAAUUGAAGCGAAGGCAUGCAAAGAAAAAUGUGACUAUAUAGAAACAUCCCUCAUCAGAACAUACAUUGUGUCUCCAACUUCAUAUUGUGAAUAAUAAUAAUAUAUAGGCUAUAAAAAGCUUAAUUUGUUAAAUAUUAAAUAUAGACCAUUGUAACGGAGCCAAGUCUAUGUCAUUUCAAAAUAAGAGUCCCUUGUGUGUUUUAGGCUUCUUUAGUGUUAAAUGUCCCACGUUCUGCACCCUAUCAUCUUUUAUUUUUGAUUAUUAUUGGGAUUUUGAUUGAAAAAUACAUCUGAGAUUUUAUUAAUUUUGGACUCUGGGCUCUAUGUCUGUGCCGACUAAGAAAAUGUUGUAACAUUCUAUGUAUUGAUUUUAAAAACUAUCGGCCGAUUAAUCGGUUAUCGGUCGACCCCUGCUCUGUAAUCCUGCAAAAAUUAUGAUUAAAGCUCAAAUAAUACACAAGUUUUAACAGAAGAAUUAAUGGAAGUGAAUCAAAUUAUAAGCUUUUAAACCCUCCAAAAAUUGGCCCCAUUCACAUCCAUGUAAGUGCCUCACUGUAACCUCGAUUUUUGCUUCUUUUUUUUAAAGAAAAGGAGGGAUGUGUUAAAAUUAUUUUUGUGGUAAUCAAAAUUAUGCCACAAAUGCUGUCGAUUGAGCUUGUAUUGAACUCUUUAACAUUUUGUUGAUUGUGUAAUUUUUGUGUUCAUGUAUAAAAUUCUUGCUUUUUUACAAUGGCUAUACAUUUCAUAUUUGUUUCUAUUUAAAUAAACAGAA